AUGCCAUUAGAUGAAGAACCAAGCACGGAGCCCGGUGUGAAGCGAGCAAAAACAAGACCUACUAAGCAAAAUGGGAACUACGAAAUUCAGACUCAGACAGAGCGUGCGCUACACGCUCUUUACUCAGAGUCUGUUGUUGCAAAAGUAUGGCAUGUUGCAGCAAAAGCACUGGGAAGUAGCAAGCCACCAGUUCUAUUUCCUGAAUAUACCAGUAGAGAAAGUGCUACUUAUGUCUAUCGUCAGCUCGAUUUUUGGACUUCCGGUUUCUUCCCGGGGUCUCUAUAUCUCCUUCUUGAGCGCUUGGUAAAGUAUCCUCAAGAUAUAGUCUCCUUUCAGCCCCUCGAAAAGAACAGUCAUUCAUCGAAGCCACACCCACUUCAACUCGAGCAUUUGUGCAAAUGGUGGACUGCCAGCCUACACCAGAAUGCACUUAAGCGCGACACCCACGAUCUGGGCUUUAUGAUCGGGCCAUGGGCAAUGAAGGCCUGGGAACUUCAGCGAGACCCAGCCGCGUACAACAGCCUAGUAGUGGCAGCAAACUCCCUAGCCAGCCGUUUUAAUCAUACCACUCAAUGCUUGCAGAGCUGGGAUGUCUGCAUCACUAAUCGGUAUUCUUUCACCGAUCCUUCGAAAGAUUUCCUCGUGAUAAUCGACAACAUGCUGAACCUUGAUCUACUAUUUUGGGCUUCACGGAAGACGUCAAACAGAUCGCUGUAUGACAUCGCGCUAGCGCAUGCGAAGACAACCCAGAAGCAUCACAUCCGAGCGAAUAAAACAACCUUCCACGUGGUGAAUUUUGAUGCUGAGACUGGUAAUGUGAAAGCCAAGUUCACAAACCAAGGUUACAGUGAUGAUAGUUGCUGGGCAAGGGGCCAGGCCUGGGGAAUAUUGGGCUUCAUGCAGACGUUUGAGUGGACGGGUGAAAAGACCUUCCUCGAUACAGCAAAAGCGCUGGCCGACUAUUUCCUCACGCAUCUCCCCGCCGACGGUGUACCCUACUGGGAUUUCUCUGCGCCUGUCACGGACGCAAGCCCAAGAGACACUUCUGCAGCUAUGAUAUCUGCAUGUGGUCUUUUGCUGUUGUACAAGGCGAUGAAAGGUACACCAUGUGGGGAGCACUAUCUACGAGAAGCGAUGAAUCUCGUUGAUGCUACAGUCGGGAAGUUCUUAAAUCCGCCAACGCUCCAGUUCCAGACAGUCGAGCCUACCUCCGGUGUUGAGGUCUAUCAUGAGGGAUGCACUGGGAAUCAGUACGAUAAUGGCUUUGAUAAAUUGACGGUAAUGGAUCAACAUAGUGCAGAGCCUGGCGAUACCAUCCUGCAUGGCGCCACCAUAAACAAUUAUGAAUUUGCGCCUCGGCGUUGGUCUAAUCACGGACUUGUCUACGCUGACUACUACUUUCUCCUCUUCGGCAAUAUACUUCUCGAUCUGGGCUUGGUUAACGGCGUGGCUCAAAAUUGA